UCUCCAAGCCAGCACCUUACUGGGAAGGAACAGCAGUCAUUAAUGGAGAGUUUAAAGAGCUGAAAUUAACAGAUUAUGAAGGAAAAUACCUCGUCUUCUUCUUCUAUCCUCUUGACUUUACUUUUGUAUGUCCAACUGAGAUAAUCGCCUUCAGUGACAGAAUUGAAGAAUUCAGAGCAAUAAAUACUGAAGUAGUGGCAUGUUCUGUGGACUCCAAGUUCACUCACUUAGCAUGGAUUAAUACUCCUCGAAAACAAGGAGGACUUGGACCUAUGAAGAUUCCACUUCUUUCAGAUUUGACACACCAAAUUUCAAAGGAUUACGGAGUAUAUCUGGAAGAUCAAGGGCAUACACUUAGAGGCCUUUUCAUUAUUGAUGAUAAGAGAAUCCUUCGACAGAUCACGAUGAAUGACCUUCCUGUUGGCAGAUCAGUGGAUGAAACACUUCGUUUAGUACAAGCAUUCCAGUACACAGACAAACAUGGAGAAGUUUGCCCUGCUGGUUGGAAACCUGGCAGUGAAACAAUAAUUCCAGAUCCGGCUGGAAAACUGAAGUAUUUUGAUAAACUAAACUGAGGCUCACUUCUGUUCAAUUACAUAGGUCACAUUCAACUUGAUUUUUGCCAAUAAAAUUUCAUUAAUUUUG